ACACUCACCUCUGAUGCCAUUUAAGGGCAGUCUGGCUUCACUUGCGGCCAGAUCUCAAGCACCUUGUUGGAUUAAAUCUACAGAGCUGUAGUGAGAGUGACUGGUUGAGUUUAGAGGGAGACAGAAGUGCAUGGUGAGGAGCACAGCCAUGCAAUAUCAGCACCCCACAUCCUCAGCAAUGAGCCUCGGUGUCCCCCUUUAUGCCCCCACACCCCUGCCGGCGGUGCACCCUACUCCCUUCUAUAUUGAUGACAUUUUGGGAAGGAACUCAGCAUCAAGUGGGAGCCCAGCUGUGCCAACACCGACUCUACCAUCUCCUAAUUCUUCAUUCACCAGCUUGGUCACUACUUACAGGACCCCCAUCUAUGAGCCAACACCUAUCCACCACCCUGCCUUCUCUCACCCAGCUGCCCUAGCAGCCACCUAUGGAGCCAGCACUUUCCAAAGUCCCCUGUACCAAUUUACCAGGCCUAUGGGUGAAUACACUCAUGCCCUCAUCAGACAUGACCCAUUAGGUAAACCUCUCCUAUGGAGCCCUUUCAUACAGAGACCACUACAUAAAAGGAAAGGUGGCCAAGUGCGGUUUUCAAACGAUCAGACCAUUGAAUUGGAAAAAAAAUUUGAAACACAGAAAUACCUCUCACCCCCAGAGAGGAAAAGGCUGGCAAAAAUGCUGCAACUAAGUGAGAGACAGGUCAAAACCUGGUUUCAGAACAGAAGAGCCAAAUGGAGACGCUUGAAACAGGAGAACCCCCAGGGGAAUAAAAAAGAAGAAACUGAAAGUUUAGAGAUUGGCUGUGAAGAGACAUCUGAAUUAUGUUUGAGCACAGAGAAGAAAACGAAAGAUUCCUCUAUAGAUGGGUCACACUGUUCAUCCUCCACCUCCCCAAACUCACAACAAGAUAACCUUGAUUCUGAAAUAUCUGAUGACUCUGACCAGGAAGUAGAUAUUGAGGGGGACAAAGGAUACUAUAAAUGCACACACUGAUGUCGGUGUGAUAAUAGGACUUGUAUUCAGCUUGCACUUUAAGAGAAGCUGGAGCUAUGUACCCCACUAAUUAUAAAUGGGGUAAGGACCCAAAAUGGAUGUAUUUUUGUACAGCAUAUUGACUGUAAUGUAUAUAACAAUUAGCCAAACCAUGGCCAAACAGACUGGAUAUUUACAUGAAAUAUUAUUUGGAUAUUUCGCAUAUUUACUAAUAACUGUUAAAUAUCAUAAAAACAAGCAAGCGAGUGAGUCCACAUUAACCCACUAACUGCCAGAGACGGCUGCAGUUGUAUUGUGCAUUAAACACCACUGUACUGAAAAAGGUUCUGGAAGCCAAGGGGUUAAUACGAGCAACACUGAGCUGCAAAGACAGCUUUAAUUAUCCAAAAGCUUUAUAUUGACCAUUAUUUCUUAUUAAUUGGUUUUAUUUGUAAUAAAUGACAAUAGACCUAUAAAAAUAUAAUGAAUUUGUGUGGCCUUUAUUAAAAAGCAUCAUGUAGAUAUUAAAGUUUAAUAUCAGUUCCCAUGUUCAUAUUUUUGAUGUACAUAGUAUUCUCCUUAAAUUAAUUUUGAAACUUGUGAAAAAACAAAUAUUUUGGGGAAUUUAAUUUAUACCAGGAGCUGUCAGUAGGAUUUUUUUUAAUAACAGCACAUUAUCUGUACUUUUUUCUAUUGUGCAUAUGUAAUAUAUUUCCGUUUGUAAAGUUAGAAUGAUUUCAUACCUCAUCUUUCUUUGUAUGAAUUGUAAAUAUGAUGACUUCAUUGUUUAAUUGGAAAUAUUUAAUUUUUUUGAGGAUUUUUGAUGAUAAAAUGUGGAAUAAAAUCAAACAUUAUAUACAUAGACAAA